UGCGCGGCGCCCCUGCGGAGCCUGGGAGGGGCGGCGGCGGCGGUGCGCUGCGCUGCGCUGGGCGGCCCUCUCUCGCGCGCCUCAUGUCGGCCUCGGCCAUCCCGGCCAGCUCGGGCGAGCUGCUGCGGAGCGACCGCGCCCCCUUCCCGCCGGUCCCGGACCAGGCGGGCCGCGAGGUGGACGAUGCCCUGGCGGAGGAGCUGGACGGGGGCGAAGGGGAGGCCCAGCCGUGGAGCCUGCAGGAGAAGGCCUUGCACGAGGCCAGGCUGAAGGCAAAGGGGAAGCGGAGGGUGCGACGGACUUCCUCCCGCGAUUCUCAUAGGGAGGCCCUCCCCGAAAAGGGGGAGCAGGAACCCGACCCCAGCAGCCCAAAGGGCAGAAACCACGACCGCAAGUCCCGCAUGGGGAAGGGCCGAGGCCUGCCCAAGAAAGGUGGGGCAGGGGGCAAAGGCGUAUGGGGAGCACCUGGGGUCGUCUACAGCUACCAGGAGCCGGAUGCCCGGGACCCCAACUAUGAUGAGGCCGCACAGGGGAAGACUGUCUAUGCCACGGUGGUGCCCGAGCUGGAGGAGGAGGAGCUGGAGAAGACCGUGCAGCCAAUGGUGCUGGAGUACUUUGAGCACGGAGACACCCUGGAAGUGGUGGAGCUACUUCGGAAUCUGAACUUGGGGGGGCACAAGGCAGCCGUGUCCUCACUGGCCGUGGUGCUUUCUCUGGAGGGGAAGGCCAGCCAUCGGGAGCUGACCUCGCGCCUGCUCUCUGACCUGGUGGGGAAGGUGUUAAGUCCCGAGGACAUCGCUGCUGCUUUUGACGGGAUGCUGCAUGAUCUCCCAGACCUCAUUCUUGACACACCAGAGGCGCCACAGAUGCUGGGUCAGUUCAUCGCCCGGGCUGUGGCCGACCACGCGCUCCCUCUUGAUUUUCUCGAGCGCUAUAAGGGGCGUGUCGACUGUGAGCACGCACGGGCCGCCCUGGAUCGCGCUGCCGUCCUCCUGCGUAUCAAGCGAGAUGUCAAUCGGUUGGACAAUGUGUGGGGCGUUGGGGGUGGCCAGAGACCCGUCAAGCAUCUGAUCAAGGAGAUGAACCUCCUCCUACGCGAAUACCUGCUGUCAGGAGAGGUGUCUGAGGCUGAACGCUGUCUACGCCAACUCGAGGUGCCCCACUUCCACCAUGAGCUUGUCUAUGAGGCCGUGGUGAUGGUGAUGGAGUCUUCAGGAGACACAGCCGUUGCCAUGAUGGUGAAGCUGCUGAACGUGCUGUGGCAGACUGGGCUGGUGACCCUGGAUCAGAUGAACCGAGGUUUCCAGCGGGUCUACAAUGAGCUUGGAGACAUCAGUCUGGAUGUGCCGCUGGCCCACAGCAUCCUUGAGCGGAUGGUGGAUCUCUGCUUUGAGGAGGGUGUGAUUACCAGGCAGCUGAGAGAGACCUGCCCUGCCCGGGGCCGGAAGCGCUUUGUCAGUGAAGGAGACGGCGGCCAAAUCAAGCAGUAACUGGAAGCUUUCAGCACCCCUUUCCCCUCCCCAGCAAUGCCUUCAACCCAGCCAGUCCUACCAGUCUUAUCAGAGGGGCCAGGAAGCCUUUGCUGAAAACCCACCAUCGCCUCCACCCCCGAGCAGCGUCCAGCAGGCAGUAGAGGUCUAUCGGGAGUGAGCUGGGUGAACCACAGUUCUGUCUUGACCAGUGGGGACGGGGGUGGGGGUGGUAGAGGAAGGAGAAUGAGAAAGGCUUGUUUUCUUGCAGGGCAUUUCCACAUGUGCAUACGCACCCCCCAUGGUGCUGCUGCCACCAGCAGAUGCAUCUCAGGAAGGCUGGAGAAGGCAGAGGCAUCCUUCCCCUGCAGCCUCUGGCUAGCGCAGUGCGGUUGGUCCCUGCCUUUGACAGCUGGUUCCAAGGCAUUGUGGGGAAGGGCAGGCAGAAGCCGGGUGGCCUCCCCGCAGCCAAAGAACCUUCUAUUCAGAGGACACCUCGAAGCCCUCUUGCCACCCACAGGUGCACAGGGGCGGCCCGGCUGGGUUGAGGGUCGAGGAGAGCAGCCGAGCACAGCGGGGCCAACUUUGCCCGUGCCCCUUCGGGCGUCUCAGGUUAAUGGGGAAUUGCUUCUGCUUGGCGCUAUCCACGGUUGGCAGAGGGGUGGAGAAGUGGAGCAAGUGGGACACCCGCGUGGGAGGGAGUUGCACCAAACUGCUUAAUGGUCUUGCAGGCAAAGGUGGUAGGGAUGGGUGAGUCUAAUGGGAAAUCAAAAUAAACUGUGUACCCAAAGGC